AUGCCUACGGAUGUCAUCUGACAUGACCUGGGUAGAGUAAACAAAACGGACAUAUGAGAGACAAGUUUGUUGUUUAGUGAUAUAGAACUUGGUGUUUAGUGAAUUCACGUUUAUUAUGGCUUUCCAAAGAGAAGACAUUCUGCUACUAUUCGACAUGGAUGGAACGUUAACUAAGUCGCGGGCUGUGAUUGAGGACGAAUUUAAAACGUUUCUGUACAACGAAGUUCGACCGAGGGCAACGAUUGGUGUCGUCGGAGGAUCUGAUCUAGAAAAAAUGUUUGAGCAAUUAAAUGGGCAAGAAAUUCUACAGAAGUUUGAUUAUAUCUAUCCGGAGAAUGGGCUGUUGCAGUAUGAAAACGGCGUUGAAGUAGGAAGAGAAUCUAUUUCACAGUACCUGGGAGAAGAAGUUUUACAACGAUUUAUAAAUUUCGUACUGCGUUAUUUAUCCGAAAUUACAAUUCCAAUAAAAAGAGGCACAUUCAUUGAAUUCCGGAACGGCAUGUUAAACGUUAGUCCUAUCGGAAGGAACUGUUCUGUAGCAGAGCGAAAACAAUUCUUCGAGUAUGAUAGAGCAAAUUACAUUAGACAGCGAAUGAUUGAUGUUUUGAAAAACGAAUUCCAAGACGUUGACUUAACUUACAGUAUUGGAGGAGAAAUCAGUUUUGAUGUUUUUCCAAAUGGGUGGGACAAAACUUACUGCUUAAAACAUGCAACUAAAGGAACCAGUUUCAAGGAAAUUCAUUUCUUCGGUGAUAAGACUGAUCCGGGUGGCAAUGAUUAUGAAAUAUACAUGGAUUCCCGAACAAUUGGACAUAAAGUAAGCUGCCCAGAUGACACCAUACACCAGUUAAAAGAACUUCUUAAAAUUUAGGUAGUAACAGUUUGACUGUAAAGCAUUCAUUGUAUAUAAAAUAACUACUUUGAUCUCGUAAUGAAAUAUCAAAUUCCUGAUCAUAA